AAAGAAGAUCCUGCUUCAGAAUGUACACUGGGUGAGCUCCUAAGAUCAAAGUCCCGAGAAGGUGUGAGAGUCCUGCUUUUGGUUUGGGACGACCCAACUUCACAAAACAUCUUGGGAUACAUGACAGAUGGGGUGAUGGGAACCCAUGACGAGGAGACACGCCGCUUUUUCAAGGACUCCUCAGUUCAAGUCUUGCUAUGCCCUCGAAAUGCUGGAAAGCGACAUAGUUGGGUCAAACAGAGGGAAGUUGGAACCAUCUAUACGCACCACCAAAAAACCUUGAUAGUAGAUGCUGAUGCUGGAGGUAACAGAAGGAAAAUCGUAGCUUUUGUGGGCGGACUUGAUCUUUGUGAUGGCCGAUAUGAUACUCCACAACAUCCGUUGUUUAGGACGCUGCAAACAGAUCAUAAAGGUGACUAUCACAACCCCACUUUCGCGGGUGAUGUGUCGGGUUGUCCAAGAGAACCUUGGCAUGACUUGCACAGUAAGAUUGAUGGCCCAGCUGCGUAUGACGUGCUGACCAAUUUUGAGGAGAGGUGGCUGAAGGCUGCGAAGCCUCACAGAAUCAAUAAAUUGAAGACAUCGUAUGAUGAUGCAUUACUAAGGAUCGACAGGAUUCCAGAUAUAUUAAGAGUUUUUGAUGCUCCUACUGUUAGUGCAAACGACCCCGAGGCUUGGCAUGUUCAGAUUUUCCGUUCAAUCGAUUCAAACUCUGUGAAAGGUUUCCCAAAGGAUCCAAAAUAUGCUACAAGCAAGAAUUUGGUGUGCGGUAAGAAUGUGCUCAUCGACAUGAGCAUACACACUGCAUAUGUAAAGGCCAUUCGUGCAGCUCAACACUUCAUCUACAUCGAGAACCAGUAUUUCAUUGGAUCCUCCUACGACUGGAAUGCUCACAAGGACAUAGGUGCCAACAACCUGAUUCCUAUGGAAAUUGCGUUGAAGAUUGCUGAUAAGAUCAGAUCAAAGGAACGGUUUGCUGCAUAUAUUGUCAUUCCGAUGUGGCCAGAAGGAGUUCCAACCGGCGCCGCUACACAAAGAAUUCUAUAUUGGCAGCACAAGACGAUGCAAAUGAUGUAUGGGACUAUCUACAAUGCUUUAGUAGAGGCUGGCCUCGAAGAUGAAUUCUCCCCACAAGACUAUCUGAAUUUCUUCUGUCUUGGAAAUAGAGAAAUGGUGAACGGAAAUAACGAAUGGGGAACAGGAAGUUCAAGCAACGAGAACACUGCUCAGGCACAAUGUCGAAAGAGCAGAAGAUUUAUGAUAUAUGUUCAUUCAAAAGGGAUGGUUGUUGAUGAUGAGUAUGUGGUAAUUGGAUCUGCAAACAUAAACCAAAGAUCAAUGGAAGGGACAAGAGACACAGAGAUUGCUAUGGGAGCUUACCAGCCUCAACAUACAUGGGCACGACGACAGUCUGGUCCACGGGGUCAGGUAUUCGGAUAUAGAAUGUCGCUUUGGGCAGAGCACAUGGCAAUGUCAGAUGAUUGCUUUUUGGAGCUGGAGAAUCUAGUGUGUGUAAGCAAGGUGAGAACAAUGGCGGAGGAGAACUGGAAACAGUUUAGGAGUGAGGAAGUCUCGGAGAUGAGAGGACAUCUGAUGAAAUAUCCGGUGGAAGUUGAUCGGAAAGGCAAAGUCCGGCCACUUCCAGGGAGUGAGGAGUUCCCGGAUGUCGGAGGAAACAUUGUUGGAUCCUUUCUUGCCAUACAGGUGAAUCUCACAAUCUGA